AUGGACCGGCCGAUGUCUUUUCACACAAUGAAGACCUUAAUCAGGAGAGAAUUCAAGACCUCAAAGUUCAACGAACUCAAAGCUCGAACAAAUGAGAAACAGUGGACAGUGGCACUCUCCAACAUACCCGACUGGUCAAGAAUCGAAGCCGUUGCUGUGUUCAGACUACGUACCGGACACGAUUGCUUGGCAAAACACCUUCACAGGUUGGGAGUAUACACUCAACCCACAUGCCCUCUAUGUAACCUACAGGAGGAAAUGGAGAAAACCCAGCCCUAA